AUGGCCCCAAUCGAUAAACUCCAAGCGCGGUACGAAGCCGCUGGGCAAGGCCACCUCCUCAAAUUCUGGCCUGAGCUCAACGAGACCGAGCGCGAUGCCUUGAGAAAGCAGCUGGAGGCCCUCGACAUCGAACGCGUCAACCGCAUCUUCAAGAAGUCGAUUGAAGCCGAAUCGAGGGCGUCUGACCCGAGCGUACCCAGCGAUCCUAUAGAGCCCCUUCCACAAGAGCUGUCCGACUCCGUCGUCGGCGCUCCGGAGAAAGAAGCGGAAUGGAGGCAGGUUGGCUUGGACGCCAUCGCGCGAGGCGAGGUCGGGGUCUUGCUGAUGGCGGGCGGUCAAGGGACGCGAUUAGGCAGCAGCGCGCCCAAGGGGUGCUACGACAUUGGACUCCCAUCCCACAAAUCGCUGUUCCAGUACCAGGCAGAGCGCAUCGCGCGCUUGCAAACGGUGGCCGAGAAGGAGCGCGAAAAGCCAGCGGGGUCGGUCAUCAUCCCCUGGUAUGUCAUGACCAGCGGCCCAACACGAAAGGACACGGAAGAUUACUUCAAGGAGCAUCGCUUCUUUGGCUUGAGCCCGAAGAACGUGAUCUUCUUUGAACAAGGAACGCUCCCAUGUCUCACGAUGGACGGCAAGGUGUUCCUUGACACCAAGUCGCAUGUAGCCGAAGCCCCCGAUGGCAAUGGUGGUCUUUACGCUGCCACCCGCUCACCGCUCUCCCCAUCGGACCCAUCACGAACUGUGCUUUCCGACCUGGCCGCCCGAAAGAUCCUGUACGUACAUGCAUACUGCGUGGACAAUUGCCUGGUCCGCGUCGCCGACCCCGUCUUCAUCGGGUACUGCAUCUCAAAGCAAGUAGAGUGUGGCGCAAAGGUCGUCCCAAAAGCCUCGCCAACCGAAUCAGUCGGUGUGGUCGCCUACCGUGGAGGGAAGCCCAGCGUAGUUGAGUACAGCGAGAUAUCCAAGGAGCAGGCUGAGAGGAGAGAUCCAUCGGGAGAACUUACCUUCCGCGCAGGCAACAUCGCCAAUCAUUUCUACACCACGCAGUUCCUAAACUCAGUAGAGGCCUUCGAGGAGGAGCUCGCGUUCCACAUCGCCCGCAAGAAGAUCCCUCACGUUGACUUCGAGUCCGGAGAGUCCCUCAAACCGUCCAAGCCCAACGGCAUGAAGCUCGAGAUGUUCGUAUUUGACGUGUUCCCAUACACAAAGAACUUCGCCGUGCUAGAGAUCGCGAGGAACGAUGACUUCAGUCCUCUCAAGAAUGCCCCCGGUACUGGCAGUGACGAUCCUGAAACCAGCCGUAGAGACUUGCUUCAACAGCACAAACGAUUCCUCGAAAAGGCCGGCGCGACCGUCAAAGAGGGCGUAGAGAUCGAGGUGUCGCCGUUGGUGAGUUACGCUGGAGAAGGGUUGGAGGACAUCAAAGGCAAAGUAUUCAGUAAAUCUGGAAUGGUAGAAGGCGUGGAAGAGCUAGAUGCGUUAGUAUGA